AUGCUACGUAUUGUUAGUACCGCUGUACGAAGUACGUAUAUAGAAAUUCCUUUCUUAUAAGUUCACUAAUACUACAUUCAUUUACAUCAAAUGAUAGUUCAGUGGCUUCAUUUUGAGUUAUAAUUCAUUCAAAUUCAAUAAUCUGUUACGUGAGAAUCAUUGCGAGCUCGUGUAUUUUAGGUUAUGUCCGUUCAGAUCGAUCAACCAUUCUGAUUCUCUGACCGAAGGAACGUCGUGAAAUUGUGAAUGCGCGCGCUUAUUAAACUUGUAUACCAACUUAAUAAGACGAUUAAUAUUUUCUUUUACAAUUUAAGUUAAUUUUACCAUGAAAUCUCAUCCGAUUAUUAUUUAUGUAAUUAAUUUAUUUUAUAUUUCAGGCAUUGCUUCGCGUGCCAAUGUUGUUAAUUUAACAAGUUCUUUAAUCUCUAAACAAUAUCCUAUUACCCAAUGUAUUCAGCAGAGAUUUUUUGGAGCAUUUUCUUGUACAAUUAAUAAAUGGGGUAACGUUGGUAAUAUUAAAGAGAAGCCAAUAUUUGGACAAACAGAAGGUAUCAGUAUUGUACCUUUGUCAUUAACACCUGUAAUGAGUUCUGUGAGAACUGUUAUAAAAUAUUCUAGACAAAAAGGCAAAAGAAAGACUGUGAAAACUGUGCUUAAAAGAUUCUACAGAUUAAAUUGGUAA